AUGUUGAUCACCGUAAAUUUCUCUUUUUAUGGUCAGAGCCUUCUCAAAGUAUUCUUUAGCUUCACUGUACUGGCCAAGGUUUCUGUAAACAGUUCCCAGAUUGUUCUAACUUGCUGCUACGUCACCAUGCUUUUCACCGUAAAUCUCUUUUCUAAUGAUGAGAGCCUUCUCAUAGUAUUCUUUAGCUUCACUGUACUGGCCAAGGUAACUGUAAACAGUUCCCAGAUUGUUGUAACUUGCUGCUACGUCACCAUGCUUUUCACCGUAAAUCUCUUUUCUAAUGAUAAGAGCCUUCUCAAAGUAUUCUUUAACUUCACUGUACUGGCCAAGGUUUCUGUAAACAUUUCCCAGAUUGUUGUAACUUGCUGCUACGUCACCAUGCUUUUCACCGUAAAUCUCUUUUCUAAUGAUAAGAGCCUUCUCAAAGUAUUCUUUAACUUCACUGUACUGGCCAAGGUUUCUGUAAACAUUUCCCAGAUUGUUGUAACUUGCUGCUACGUCACCAUGCUUUUCACCGUAAAUCUCUUCUCUAAUGAUGAGAGCCUUCUCAUAGUAUUCUUUAGCUUCACUGUACUGGCCAAGGUCACUCUCACUGGACGAAAAAACGGAUUUACUAAUGUUUGCGAAAGGUGCAAAUAUGUGGUAAAUUUGGAGCUCCAAAUUUGCAUUACAUUUGCGCUGUCGGCUAAAGUGUGGGCAAAUUCAUAUAUUUGCUAGAUAGGUAUUGAUACGCAAAAGUCAAGUAAAUGUAAUGGUUUGAUACAAAUUUGAUACAUAUUUGCAGCAUGGGCAAAUCUUCAACAUUUCUACCAAUUUACUCAAAUUUACAUCCUUGGCAAAAAUGACAGUUUUCACUGUACUUCAAAUGCAGGCAAAAAUAUUGCAAAACCACUAAUUUGCAGUGGUGUUUGCUCUUGUUUUUCCAGGAUACCAAAAGAACACUUUUGCAUGUGGUUUACUCGUAUUUGCCUUAAGAGCGAAAACAAUAAAUUUCUACACAUUUGGCUGUAUCAUAAAUUUGAACAUUUGUAUCAUAAUUAUCCAUAUUUGCAAGGGGAGCAAAUAUAGUGAACUGCAUAACAUUUGCUGACAGUCAAAGGUGAUGUGCAUGUGACAUUUCCUAUAUGUUUGAUUCGUUUUGUGACUAAAGUAAAUUUCCAAUCUCAACUGUAACAUUACAUUGUUACAAUAAAAUUUUGUACAUGCUGUGAUACUCCGCCAAGAGGUCCAAUUCCUUACAUGCAUCUUUCCUGUUAACUGUUUUAUAUGCACUGUCAUUUUAAUAUAAAGGAAUCAGAAACCAGUUACUUUUUUUGACAAUUUUACAGUCACAAAUUUCUUCUGUUAGUCUUUUUACAGAACGAAUCAAACUUGGUCCAAAAUAAAAAGUUUUGUGGAUUUCAAACUCAGGGUUGUGAUUAUUCACUUGUACACAAUUUCCUCCUGGUCAUUUAACCAACAAACUUAAUUCAAAUUAAUACCAACAAUUUUCGUUUAACCGGUAUUUUUUGUAGUUUUGACUGCCCACCUAGAGAUGACCGCAUCUCGAUGGUGGGCUUCCUAAAAAUGACCACAUUUUGAAAACCCAACAGCCAAUGCUACAACAAAAUAUGGUGAAACUGCUCACAAUUUUAUUUGAACAUUAACCCGUAAAUUUGGUUUGAAAGUAAUGUCACUCUAUUGUCUUUUUUGCAUCUCUCGCAAGUUAAAGUGAGAGUUCACAGAGACUGUGCGGUUUUCUCGAGUGCGUUUUAGAAGCUGCCGUAACAAAAAGGUUACUACACUACCGGAAUUAAAACAUCGUGGAAAUUAUUAAUUUAAAGUCGCGGAGUAUUUUCCCCAACAAUGAAUAAUAUUACCUCUAACUUUCUGCGAUAACGCUGCAAAAUUUUUUAGGUUAUUUUUCAACCGAAUAGGCUGCGAAUUUAAUGCGAUGAUCAUUUUCACUUUCAUACCUUCAUCCGCAUUUCAUAUAUUUCAAUUCAUGCUUACAAGAUCUCCCUAAUUUUAUGUCUGAACGCAAGGCUUUUUAAUGGAAUCUUCAUUUCAAGGCCAGAACUAACACUAAGCGCUAAACAGAAACUGCCUUAUGAAAAAACUUUUAAAAUUGACGCGCUGUUUUAAAGGCCUCACUGGAUCUGGAUGGGGUUAAAUAAAAACGUAAGCGAAACAUUAAUUUUGCAAUAUUUAAAUAAUGUCUAAAAAAUAAAGCUUCCCUCUGAGAUACCUGGCGAAUAAAAUUCUCACAGGGCCACAGGCUAAACAGGCUAAGCUGCUCUGUUGAAUCAGGAAGGCCAAACUUUUUUUCUUAAUGCUGGACAGAGAUUAAAACAAUAUCUAAAAGCGCGUUUUUAGUUCCCUCCGAGACAACCGGAGAAUAAAUUCUCACAGAGCCACAGCCUAAAAAGGCUAAGCUGCUCUGUUGAAUCAGGAAGGCCAAACUGUUUUACUUAAUGCUAGACGGGGAUUCAAAAAAUAUCUGAAAAGCGCGUUUUUAGUUCCCUCUGAGACACCCGGAGAAUAAAAUUCUCACAGAACCACAGCCUAAAAAGGCUAAGCUGCUCUGUUGAAUCAGGAAGGCCAGACGUUUUUUCUUAAUGCUGGACAGAGAUUAAAACAAUAUCUGAAAGCGCGCUUUUAGUUCCCUCUGAGACACCCGGAGAAUAAAAUUCUCACAGAGCCACAGCCUAAAAAGGCUAAGCUGCUCUGUUGAAUCAGGAAGGCCAAACGUUUUAGGGUCCAAUAAUUCUAAAUCACAUAACCACUUUGAAGUGAGUCAAUGGUACACAACCUGGGAAUGUGUUGCAUUCCUCUUCUGUCAUUUGAUUAUAAUAAAGCCUAGGGUCGUACAACGGGCAAAGAUGUCCGAAUACUAAAACUAGAAAUUCAAAAUCACACAGUAACUGUUCUAUACCGUACAGAUCGAGGGCCCACACUACCUUCCCUUUAUUAUACAAGUAAAUACACUACAACAAAUCUACUGGACAAAGGUCCAGUAGUCAGAUCAUUUCCUGUAUUUUUUGUACAUCAUACUAAAAAAUCAAAUGUGGUCCAAAAUAAAAAGUUUUGUGGAUUUCAAACUCAGGGUUGUGAUUAUUCACUUGUGCAUAAUUUCCUCAUGGCCAUUUAACCAACAAACUUAAUUCAAAUUAAAACCAACAAUUUUAGUUUAACCGGUAUUUGUUGUAGUUUUGACUGCCCACCUAGAGAUGACCGCAUCUCGAUGGUGGGCUUCCUAAAAAUGACCACAUUUUGAAAAUCCAUCAGCCAAUACUACAACAAAAUAUGGUGAAACUGCUCACAAUUUUAUUUGAACAUUAACUCAGCCGACAAAUUUAUGAAAGGCUAAUUUUUCUUACUCUGUUGUUUGCAACCCUGAGUUUGAGUUUCACUGAUUUUAAUGUUGAUUUUGAGUUUUACUGUUCAUGAAGUACUACCCAUUCAAUCCAAAAAAGUCAUAGCAUUUUUGCUGGCUAAAAUUCACCUGAAUCCUGGUUAUUUGAUCUUGGGAUACAAGGAGCGGGGUUGUGGCUUCCCAACAAAAAUUCUGAUGAAGAGAUGGUCUUCACGUACAGGAGCUACCAGUCAAAUCCCACCCGACAAAGCCCCCCCCUCAUAAAAAAUGAACAGACCAACACUGGGUUACAGGAGCUCUGAGUUGGCCUUGGAUCAUGAAAAGUUUAAAGCUAUAAAGAAAAAACUAAGGCGGUGAAACAAAUUAACAUGCAGCAUUUAUCCUUCCAGGCUGGGUUGUUCAAAGCUGGGUAAAGAUAACCCAAGGUUAGUACGAAAUAUGAAUUCAGAUAUGAAAGUUUUAAAAACAAAUUCAUUUGAAUAAUUCGUUUUGUCUACAAUUUGGUGAUUUGAUACUUAAAAAAGAAAAGAGAAAAUUAUCUGACAAAAUGCUUUUGAUUAAAAGAGAAAAGAAACGCCGGUUAAAAUCUAACCCUGGGUUAGUGCUAAUCGCUCUUUUGAACAACUCGGCCCCGGUCUUUUUUUGGGUCCAAUUCUAAAUCACAUAACCACUUCGAAGUGAGUCAAUGGUACAUAACCUAGGCAUGUGUUGCAUUCCUCUUCUGUCAUUUGAUCAUAGUAAAGCCUAGGGUCGCACAAUGGGCAGGGAUCUCCAAUUACUAAAACUAAAAAUUCAAAAUGACACAGUAACUGUUGUAUAUAGUUACAGAGGGCCCACACUACCUCCCCUUUACAUAAAGUAAAUACACCACAACAAAUCUACUGGACAAAGGUCCAGUAGUCAAAUAAUUUACUGUAUUUUUUCUACAUCAUAAUAUUAUUAUUAAAAAGCUAACAAUAACAAGGCCACCCACAGUACCUUAAAUUUGGUCCAAAAAAAAAAGUUCUGUGCAUUUCAAAGUCAGCGUUGAGAUUAUUCACUUCUACACAAUUUCCUCAUGGCCAUUUAUUCAAGGAACUUCACAUCAAAACUGACAAUUUUGUUCUUACCGCUAUUUGUUCUAGUUUUCACUGACUAUACCUAGAGAUGACCACAUCUUGAUGGUGAGCCUCCUAAAAAUGACCACAUUUUGAAAGCCCAACAGCCAAUAAUACAACAAAUGGUGAAAUUGCUUUGUAUUUCAUAUAAUUUGCGAAUAGAAACUAGCACAGACAUGAACAAAUAAUUUCUUUGCUGCCCUUUACAACCCUGAUUUUGAGUUCAAUAGGAUUUGUCUUUUUAAACUGAUCAAACAGACUGGCGAGAUUUAUAUCAGCCUUCGCUCAACCACAUUAACAUGGUGCAUUUCUUCACUUAAACCUAAACUUCUUAGACCAACGGUGUUUACACCUUCAAUAUUAUUAUACCCUUUUCACUAAAUGAGUCGAAUUUUACUAGAUUUAUUUAGUAUUGGAAUUCACACAGUAAGAUAACUUUUUGAUUUUCCUUUUUAAAUAGGAAUAUGAUAUUUUAUAAUUGCUGGACAGAAAAAAGGUUCCAGCUAAAAAUUUGUUUUGAGCAGUGACAGAAGACAUGAAAUAGUAAAUCUCAACUUUGGAGUGUCUGAAGGCAUUUUCUUUGCCCUUCCACAAAAUGACUUUCUACUUUCACUCUGCCACUAACUUUUGCCAUGACUUAUUAACGCCAAGUGAAAACAUAAUAUCUGAGGCAUAUUUCUGAAGCUACAUGUCAGUGCUGGUGAGCAGUCAUGGACUGCUGUUUUGAAGGGGCAUCCGAUAGCAAGAUAGCCUUUCGAAAAUCACUGAGCAUUAGGUGGUACAUAUUGUUUACCUCUGUAGGAAUAAUGUUGUCACUCUUUAUAUCUCUGAGGGGAAACCUCUACGAGUGCAAAUGUUCUAUAGCUUCACACAAUUUCAGUACAUUAUGUUUCCUGCAGAACACUGUGAAAGGGACAUGGAUUUACUUAGCAGGGUACUGCACAAAGUACAAGAAAACUAAUAUUGUAAAGAUGCUAAAAAUAUAACACAAGGAAGUACACGUGAGGUUUCUUUUUUGUGACAUUUACCCCAAACAGAUGGGGUAUUGAUGUAUGGGAGCAUUCAGUAUAUAAGCUUCACUUCUGUUAUCUUCUGAAGAGGGAAAAAUGAUUACUGUAAAUAAAUUGAGACCCACUGGAAUACCCCUGUAGCAUUUCUUCAUGCACAGACCACAAAAAGCUUCCCCAUAUUGAACCUGUAUUUCAUUGACCUCUUUAUCUUUUGGAGAGUUCAGGUGAUGCAACUCAAUUUCAAGAACAUUGGAAAUUUAACUCCUGUACCACUCAAGGAAAAAUCUGAAACAAAUGUACAAAAAAGUCACUAAACGCACUAAAAAUAACUGGUAAUUCUACCUUUAUUGAAAAUAUUGUGAAAUUAAAUGAAUAGGCCAUUUUACAGUUAUGGAUGGAAGCGAGGCUGACGGUGACCUUGUUUUGGUACAAACCUUCCCGCUUUAUUAUGUAAAUCAAGUUAUUCUUAUGCUAACUAGUAUUUUUCAGGGAGAAUUUCCAUAACAAAGCAAAGGAGGUUUGUAUCAAAACAAGGUCACCGUCAGCCUCACAUUCACUCGAAGGCUAGGGUACAAAGUCCACAACUGUAAAAUGGUCUAUUGUGUUACUUGUGUUGCCAUUAUCUUUAUGAACAUUAUAAAUACACAUGUGGCACAUUUUAGCAUUUUUGACCUUUGGACUCAGCUUACAUGUACAGCUGUAUCAUUAUAAAUUAUUAUAAACAAAACGACCUUGUAUAUGAAAACAUGACAAAACAAAACAGCAAAAAAUGACAGUAAGGCAUAUAAAAUAAAGGCUCCACCCUACCCCUGUCAAAAUCAAUGGUACAUGUACAGGUAUUACGCUCAAUAUGUCAAUAUAGCGCCAGAGGAAGUAUAAAUUACUCAAGCAAUUAAUCUUGAGCUACUUCUGCCAAAUACCAAUAAAUUAGCACCAAAUACCAAUAAAUUAACACCACUUAAAUUUUUCAACAAGGCUUUUUUCAGCUGGAUCACUACCAUACGCACGCGACACGCGUGCACAUACAUGCUACAAAUGUAAAUAUGGAUGCAAAUGUAGUUUAUUCCCGGUUUUAACAUAGAUGUGGCAGUAGAAGCACGAUAUACAAAGCAAAAUACAUCGACUUUACCUUUUAAAUUUCGAAUAUCCUUGAGAAAAAAUCCAGCAACAUAGGCAAUCUCUUCCUCCCGCCAAAUCGCUAAAAGAACGCGCGCCCGAUUUCCCAAGCAUUUGCGCCUCAGUGGUGCUGGUCAGCGACAGUCUGCAUAACCGUUCGAGAACGAGGCACAACAAUUGAAAUCGCCCAAAUUUCGUCGACCGUUACCACGUUCCAUUGCCAUCGAUUUGCCACCAGCUUUUACUUCAUACGUUUAACGCCAUAUUUAUCAAGAGUUUUCGAAUGUUCCUUCUUUGUGGGGUUGACUGUCGAGUAUGGAGGAAUCGGCCAGUCUUAUUUGUUCGAAUUUAUCGAACGAAUGUGUCCUCGAAGAACUUAUAAAAAUAAUCGCUCGAGUUCGAGGGAACUGCAUGCUUAUAGACUGUUCGACGAAAAGGAAAUUGCACUUAUCCACCAUGAAAGACAUCUAGAUAGCUCCAUCGGCGACGAUCAAGUAGUAACGAUUGGAUCCAAGAAAAGCAGCCGUUAGUACUUAGUACAUAGACUUCGGUGAAUCGUUGCUGUUAGCAGACAUUGUAAAACUAAGAAGAGGCAGGAGAAAUGCAAGGACAAACAAAUGCUGAGGGAGCAACUAAUCGGGAGUAAAAGAAAUGCUCAGUAAGUAUAAGAAAGUUCAUUCUUACUGUUAAUCCAUUAAUGAUGCUAUUUGAUAAUACCUACAUUUACAUUCCCAAUAUUCAGUAAUCAACAAGGACUCACCCCUACUCCUGAAACUUUAUUUGUCCUGUUGUUUUAAAAAAUACUAUAAUCUUUUAUUUGGUUGUUCUCUUCAGAUAAAAUUUAUCUGAAGAGAACAACCAAAUAAAAGAUUAUAGUAUUUUUUAAAACAACAGGACAAAUUCGAUAAUGGUCUUGGAAAUUUAAUAAGAAUUGAAGCAAGUGUUAAUUCCCCUCUAAGGCCAAAAAUAACCUUAUCCUCUAGUGCCUACUUUCUCCAAAGGCUUUUCCAAAAUUUAAAAGGGGAUUAAAGGCAGUGACUGCCGUGGUGCUGAAAACAUAGAGUAGCUAGAAUUUAGAUCAUGGUACCCUGCUUUCACUGAUUUUUUUUUAAUGAUCACCCCAUGUAAGGGAUUCUGGAAUCCGGGAAAUUAAUUUUUUGCUUAUGGAAUCCAGAAUUCAGGCAAUUUUUGUUGUGGAAUCCUAAAUUCUGAGCUUUGAAACCUGAAAUACAGGUCAAACAAUUGGAAUCCAGAAACCAAGUAAUCCACUGAAAAAGGUUCUGGAAUCCGCAGCGUGGAAUCCAGAAUCUAAAACUGUCUUGGAUUCCCUCAUAUGAGGCAAUUAUAGUAUAAUUAAACUUUUGUUCCCAAGAUACACUGUAAGUGAUGGCAAUGUUGCAGAAGAAGCAGGUCCAUGAAGUUUUAAGUAAUAUGUCAAUAAUGUCGUUAUGGUAGUGAUGUAGUGGGACACUCACUAUAAAAUUAAUACAAUGAUUUAUCUGGAGUCAAUUGUCUUGUUACAAAAGGGUUUCUUCCAUUCAUUUUUUCAUUUUGUUUUUGCUCAAAGAAGGUCUUAGUUUUAACAGGUACAGUGUAAUCAGGAUUAUGAUGACCGCUUGGGGUUAGAUUUGAGACAUGAAAGUUACAAGCCAGCAAUUUGUUUAAACUAGUUAAUUUUGAUAUCAGUUAACUCAGGAAAUAAGUAAGUUUAGUCACAUAGUGUGACUGCAGCCAGUAAUAGUACUUGUAAUAUCUAAUAGCAACCUUUAUGGUAUAAAAGGCUAGAAUAUUUAGACAGAAAAGGACAAUAGUAUUUUUCAUGACAACCAUCUACAGCUUUAGUUUCAAUAUUAAUGGUCUCAAUUAUGUAUAAUUUCUGUUUGUUGCAGAAAAAGCUAGAGACCACCCUUUUCCAGUCAACCUCUAUUUCGAAGAAGGAUUGUUGUAAGUUCAAAGCUUGUAUAAAUGUGGAGUACAUGUCUUCAGAGCAAGGAAAUACAGACCAAGGAGAUGACAAAUCUGAGAAAAGUCCUUUGCAGGAGGCCUCUAGCAUGGAGGAGUCAACAACUUAGCCUGUAAAAACCUCUUUGCCUAGCUGAACAGUAAAGCAAAAUUGAAACAGUCACAUGUAAGCCUGUCAUUACUCAAUGACAAUAGAAAGGAGGAAUGGCUUCUCCUCAGAGAAGGAGGCACCAGAUAAUGCUCCUGAAUUUGCUUUGUGAUAAGGAAAUAUAAGUUAAUCCAGUGCUCUUAAAGAAAUUCCAGAUUAUUUAUGACUGGUCAUACUUACAGGUACAUGUGCAUGUAGCUCUGCAAAUACAGUAAUCCUUUAAUCACUCUCUGUUUAUGACACUGUUUUUUAGAAAAAGAUAAAUGUGUGUAAACAGUACAAAUCCUGAUGGUGUUGAUUUGUCCUGAGAAUUCUGGUGGCAGGUAGAUCAAAUUGGUUGAUGUGAUAAAUUUUUCAUUAGAAUCCUUUGGCUAUUGUUUGCAAGUAAUGUACCAGUCAGCAGGUUAAAAGGCCAAUUAAUGUACAAAUGUUUCUUUUAAAUCUAUUUGCUUAACUGCAGGCAUUUGAGUUCUGCUGGCACCACUUCACAGUACAUGUGUACCGGUUACAGCAAUUGCAACUGACCUGCUUGAACAAAAAACAAAACAAAUUUAGGUACACCCUGCUUUUUGUCAUGAUUUAGUAUGGAAUUUUGCAAAGGAUUGCAACAUGACUCAAGAAAAAGAGUAAUGAGAGACAGCAGUGUAGUUAUUUUGCAGGCUAGCCAGAUCAACCUUUUGUACUACAUGUACAUGUAUACUGAAUUUAAAAUAAUUAUUAGCUUCUUUCAUUGGGACCAACUACAGUGACAAUGGUAAUGUUGACAUGCUGUGGAAUACUUACAGCUGGUCAUUACUUUAAUGACCCUCAAUUUUCUUAGAACAGGGCAAGUACUAGAAGCUCCAGCUGGUACUUCCUCUAAGAGCAUAUCCAAUACUAUACAGGAACCAUUAGUAACAAAAAUGAAGUUAAAGAAGUCUGAUCUGAAUUUGAAUAGCUACAUGUACCUAAACUAUUUCUUAGUUUGCUAAAUGCUAUAACCCAGUUGUUAUACCAGCAAAAAUUGGAAAUUGGUAGCAAGAAUUAGGCCUUUCAUUCUAAUAGAGCCUAAAGACAAAAAAUGCCACCAGAAUCAAAUUUUGUUUAAUCUGUAAAUAGCAAUAAAUUCAAAAAUGUUAAUUAUUUAUUAAAAUGGGUGUCUUGAGGGUUCCAUUUGGUUGGAACAGGAUUUUGUCCUUAGAUACAAAAGUUUAAGUAAGAAAUAGUCUUGUCAUAAGUAAAUAUUGGCCCAAGGGUAAAAAGAUUUUUAACCUGUUUCUGAGUUGCAAAAACCUAAACAACUGAAAUAGGUUUGAGGCAACUCUGAAACACCUACAGCUGUAUGUAGAAUAUCUUACACAUUUAGAUGAAGAACACUUUUCUUAUAAUAUUAAUAGUUAGUAAUGAUCUGAUAGAGCAUAGAGUGGAGACAAGUAAACAUCAACGAACUGUAAAAUUGGGAAUUAAUAUGAAGAGCUGUAUGUACAGCUGUAUACUGUAGUUUGUAAAGUCUGUAAUAAUGUGUAAGCCACUUUGGUUUAUGGAAUAAAUCAUUUGAACAUUAUAAUGGGAGGUCACUGCUAGAAUUUCUUUCAGUAACUUUAAUGUUUGAAGCUAUAAACUUCAAGAUUAAUUAUAGUCACUUGUUAAGAACCUGAAGUGAGCCAUGUUAUAAUUAAAAAUAAUUUAAAAAUUUUAUCGCAUUUGCUACAACUCAGGCAAACUCGUUUAAACCUUGGAAUUUACAUUUGCUACUUGUGAAAAAAUGCUCAAUUUUAUGGGUUUGAUGACAUUUGCUAACCAAAUUAAAGUCAGAAUUUGAUUACAUUUGCUACCUGAGCGAAAAAUUGUACAAUAGUAACAGUUUGAUCAGAUUUGCUGCUUAAGCAACUUUGUUCAAAACUUGACUUUUGACCACAUUUGCCGCUACAAGCAAAAUUCUGUGUUUGAUCAAAUUUGCACACCCUAGAAAAUUUGUUCAAAGUUUAGGUUUGCUAACAUUUGCUUCGUGGGCAAACAUGUUUAAUACAAAGAGUUUGGUUACAUUUGCUAUGCAAAGCAAUCUGGUUCAAUUAUGAAAAUUUGAUCACCCAUGAUAACCCAAGCAAACAUCGUUCAAAUUAGAUACUUGGCUCACAUUUGCAAAGCUGCGUAAACGUUCUGAAAAUAACAGGUUUACAUGCUUUUACAUCUAAAGCAAAAGCUGUGCAAAACAGCAGAUUUGCGCUAUCAUUUGCGUAAUGUGCAAAUAUAGUUCAAAGAAACAUAUUUGCCUACACAUUUGAACCAUCUGCAAAUGACCCUCAAAUCCAUGGCUGCCCAUUAUCUUUGCACCAAGAUGUAAAUGUUGUGCAAAUGUGGCAUUUACCGUCAUUGCUACGGAUAGCAAAUCUAGUGCAAUAUCAGUCUUUGCCCUUGCGCAAAAUUGUGCAAAUGUGGUAUUUGCUACACAUUUGCUGUAAUUUGGCUACCCUAGUAAAUCCAUUUUUUCGUCCAGUGUCUAAACAUUUCCCAGAUUGUUGUAACUUGCUGCUACGUCACCAUGCUUUUCACCGUAAAUCUCUUUUCUAAUGAUGAGAGCCUUCUCAUAGUAUUCUUUAGCUUCACUGUACUGGCCAAGGUAACUGUAAACAGUUCCCAGAUUGUUGUAACUUACUGCUACGUCACCAUGCUUUUCACCGUAAAUCUCUUUUGUAAUGAUGAGAGCCUUCUCAUAGUAUUCUUUAGCUUCACUGUACUGGCCAAGGUAACUGUAAACAUUUCCCAGAUUGUUGUAACUUACUGCUACGUCACCAUGCUUUUCACCGUAAAUCUCUUUUGUAAUGAUGAGAGCCUUCUCAUAGUAUUCUUUAGCUUCACUGUACUGGCCAAGGUAACUGUAAACAUUUCCCAGAUUGUUGUAACUUACUGCUACGUCACCAUGCUUUUCCCCGUAAAUCUCUUUUCUAAUGAUGAGAGCCUUCUCAUAGUAUUCUUUAGCUUCACUGUACUGGCCAAGGUAACUGUAAACAGUUCCCAGAUUGUUGUAACUUACUGCUACGUCACCAUGCUUUUCACCGUAAAUCUCUUUUCUAAUGAUGAGAGCCUUCUCACAGUAUUCUUUAGCUUCACUGUACUGGCCAAGGUCACUGUAAACAUUUCCCAGAUUGUUGUAACUUGCUGCUACGUCACCAUGCUUUUCACCGUAAAUCUCUUUUCUAAUGAUGAGAGCCUUCUCACAGUAUUCUUUAGCUUCACUGUACUGGCCAAGGUCACUGUAAACAUUUCCCAGAUUGUUGUAACCUGCUGCUACGUCACCAUGCUUUUCACCGUAAAUCUCUUUUCUAAUGACGAGAGCCUUCUCAUAGUAUUCUUUAGCUUCACUGUACUGGCCAAGGUAACUGUAAACAGUUCCCAGAUUGUUGUAACUUACUGCUACGUCACCAUGCUUUUCACCGUAAAUCUCUUUUGUAAUGAUGAGAGCCUUCUCAUAGUAUUCUUUAGCUUCACUGUACUGGCCAAGGUAACUGUAAACAUUUCCCAGAUUGUUGUAACUUGCUGCUUCGUGACCAUGCUUUUCACCGUAAAUCUCUUUUGUCAUGAUGAGAGCCUUCUCAUAGUAUUCUUUAGCUUCACUGUACUGGCCAAGGUAACUGUAAACAUUUCCCAGAUUGUUGUAACUUGCUGCUACGUCACCAUGCUUUUCACCGUAAAUCUCUUUUCUAAUGAUGAGAGCCUUCUCACAGUAUUCUUUAGCUUUACUGUACUGUCCAAGGUUUCUGUAAACAGUUCCCAGGUAGUUGUAACUUGCUGCUACGUCACCAUGCUUUUCACCGUAAAUCUCUUUUGUAAUGAUGAGAGCCUUCUCAUAAUAUUCUUUAGCUUCACUGUACUGUCCAAGGUCACUGUAAACAAAUCCCAGGUUGUUGUAACUUGCUGCUACGUCACCAUGCUUUUCACCGUAAAUCUCUUUUGUAAUGAUGAGAGCCUUCUCACAGUAUUCUUUAGCUUCACUGUACUGGCCAAGGUUUCUGUAAACAUUUCCCAGAUUGUUGUAACUUGCUGCUACGUCACCAUGCUUUUCACCGUAAAUCUCUUUUGUAAUGAUGAGAGCCUUCUCAUAGUAUUCUUUAGCUUCACUGUACUGGCCAAGGUCACUGGAAACAUUUCCCAGAUUGUUGUAACUUGCUGCCACGUCACCAUGCUUUUCACCGUAAAUCUCUUUUCUAAUGAUGAGAGCCUUCUCAUAGUAUUCUUUAGCUUCACUGUACUGUCCAAGGUUUUUGUAAACAGUUCCCAGGUUGUUGUAACUUGCUGCUACGUCACCAUGCUUUUCACCGUAAAUCUCUUUUCUAAUGAUGAGAGCCUUCUCAUAAUAUUCUUUAGCUUCACUGUACUGGCCAAGGUAACUGUAAACAGUUCCCAGAUUGUUGUAACUUGCUGCUACGUCACCAUGCUUUUCACCGUAAAUCUCUUUUGUAAUGAUGAGAGACUUCUCAUAGUAUUCUUUAGCUUCACUGUACUGUCCAAGGUUUCUGUAAACAAUUCCCAGGUUAUAGCAACUUGCUGCUACGCCACCAUGCUUUUCACCGUAAAUCUCUUUUCUAAUGAUGAGAGCCUUCUCAUAGUAUUCUUUAGCUUCACUGUACUGGUCAAGGUAACUGUAAACAGUUCCCAGAUUGUUGUAACUUGCUGCUACGUCAAAAUGCUUUUCACCGUAAAUCUCUUUUCUAAUGAUGAGAGCCUAAUCAUAGUAUUCUUUAGCUUCACUGUACUGGCCAAGGUAACUGUAAACAGUUCCCAGAUUGUUGUAACUUGAUGCUACGUCACUAUGCUUUUCACCGUAAAUCUCUUUUCUAAUGAUGAGAGCCUUCUCAUAGUAUUCUUUAGCUUCACUGUACUGGCCAAGGUCACUGUAAACAUUUCCUGGGCUGUUGUAACUUGCUGCUACGUCACCAUGCUUUUCACCGGAAAUCUCUUUUGUAAUGAUGAGAGCCUUCUCAUAGUAUUCUUUAGCUUCACUGUACUGGCCAAGGUCACUGUAAACAUUUCCCAGGUUGUUGUAACUUGCUGCUACGUCACCAUGCUUUUCACCGUAAAUCUCUUUUCUAAUGAUGAGAGCCUUCUCAUAGUAUUCUUUAGCUUCACUGUACUGUCCAAGGUUUCUGUAAACAAUUCCCAGGUUGUUGUAACUUGCUGCUACGUCACCAUGCUUUUCCCCGUAAAUCUCUUUUCUAAUGAUGAGAGCCUUCUCAUAGUAUUCUUUAGCUUCACUGUACUGGCCAAGGUCACUGUAAACAGUUCCCAGAUUGUUGUAACUUGCUGCUACGUCACCAUGCUUUUCACCGUAAAUCUCUUUUGUAAUGAUGAGAGACUUCUCGUAGUAUUCUUUAGCUUCACUGUACUGUCCAAGGUUUCUGUAAACAAUUCCCUGGUUAUAGCAACUUGCUGCUACGCCACAAUGCUUUUCACCGUAAAUCUCUUUUCUAAUGAUGAGAGCCUUCUCAUAGUAUUCUUUAGCUUCACUGUACUGGCCAAGGUAACUGUAAACAGUUCCCAGAUUGUUGUAACUUGCUGCUACGUCACCAUGCUUUUCACCGUAAAUCUCUUUUCUAAUGAUGAGAGCCUUCUCAUAGUAUUCUUUAGCUUCACUGUACUGGCCAAGGUAACUGUAAACAGUUCCCAGAUUGUUGUAACUUGCUGCUACGUCACAAUGCUUUUCACCGUAAAUCUCUUUUCUAAUGAUGAGAGCCUUCUCCUAGUAUUCUUUAGCUUCACUGUACUGGCCAAGGUCACUGUAAACAUU